ACUGAAUGCAUUCCAGCCUCAUGCAAUCUGAUCUUUGCCCAACUUCUGUACGGAAGCCUGUUUUUCUUCUUCUUUUUUUCUUUUCCCCUUACUGUCUGCUUAAAACCAAAAAGAACCACACAAUUUUAGUUCCUUAAAUAUGUUAUUUUGUUAAGUGCGUCUUCUUGCAUGAAAGGUUGUUGGCUGAUGCUUCUGUCUUGGAAAAAAUGGAAUUGUCUUUAACUCCAGAAACUUUGCUGAAAGUGUGGUCUAAUUUGCUUGUCGGGGAAGAGAAGCGCGUCGGCACCCGGACCAUCCUCGUUGGGCACCACCAAGUCUCCGAAACGGAGGCUUACGUUCCUCAGAAGUUCUGCUCCAACCAAAUUGUCUCAUCCAAGUACACAGUGUGGAAUUUUCUCCCAAAGAAUCUCUUUGAACAGUUCCGAAGAAUUGCCAACUUUUACUUCCUUAUCAUCUUCCUUGUACAGGUCAUAGUAGACACACCAACGAGCCCGGUUACGAGCGGACUUCCUCUGUUCUUUGUUAUUACCGUCACAGCUUUUAAGCAGGGUUAUGAGGACUGGCUGCGGCACAGGGCCGAUGGGGAGGUGAACAACAGCACGGUCUUCGUGGUGGAAGAUGGAAAGCUUGUGAAGAAAGAGUGUGAAGGAAUUAUGGUUGGCGAUAUCGUAGAAGUGUCGGCGGAUGAAACCUUUCCUUGCGAUCUGAUAUUCCUCGCAUCGAGUAGCAAGGACGGCUCCUGUUAUGUCACUACAGCUAGCCUGGAUGGAGAAUCAAAUGUCAAGACUCACUACACUGUGCAAGAUACUGCCAAACUCUGUACGUGCCAAGCCAUGGAUUGCCUUACCGCCACGAUAGAAUGUGAACAGCCCCAACCAGACCUCUACAGGUUUGUGGGCAGAAUUAACAUCUACAAAGGUGACCAAGAGCCAGUUGCCAGGGCGCUGGGUCCCGAGAACCUAUUGCUGAAGGGAGCGACAUUAAAAAACACCCCUAAGAUCUUUGGAGUUGCUGUCUAUACCGGGAUGGAAACCAAAAUGGCCUUGAACUACCAAGGGAAAUCUCAGAAACGCUCUGCGGUUGAAAAGUCGAUCAAUGUCUUCUUGAUUGUCUAUUUAUGCAUUCUUGUGGGCAAAGCGAUAGUGUGUACCACCCUGAAGUAUGUCUGGCAAAGUGUCCCAUCUAACGAUGAGCCUUGGUACAACCCCAAAACGCAAAAGGAGAGAGAAACCUUCAAGCUCUUAAAAAUGUUCACCGAUUUCCUGUCCUUCAUGGUUCUGUUCAAUUUCAUCAUCCCCGUCUCUAUGUACGUGACAGUGGAGAUGCAGAAAUUCCUGGGCUCCUUCUUCAUUGGGUGGGACAAAGAGAUGUAUGAUGAAGAGCGCCAAGAAGGAGCCUUGGUGAACACCUCUGACCUCAACGAAGAGCUUGGCCAGGUCGAGUACGUGUUCUCUGAUAAAACAGGGACUUUAACAGAGAACACCAUGGAGUUCAUUGAGUGCAGCAUAGAUGGCUACAAGUACAGCGAUGGUUUCUCAGAGGUCGAUGGAUUGAAGUCUUCUGGCAAAGCACAAAGGAGUCAAGAAGAGCUGUUCCUGCGUGCGCUGUGUCUCUGCCACACGGUUCAGGUCCAGCAAAAGGAUGAAGUUGACGCAAGGACAUCGAAGGCCAAGAGCCCAGGCAACUACGUUGCGUCUUCCCCAGAUGAAAUUGCUCUGCUUCAAGGAGCUCAAAAGUAUGGUUUCACUUUUCUAGGACAAGAAAAUAACUUCAUGAUGGUACAGAACACACAAAAGGAAAUCGAGAGCUACGAGCUGCUAAAUGUUCUGGAUUUUGAUUGCGUCCGUCGCAGGAUGAGUGUUCUCGUGAGGAUGUCAGACGGACAGAUAUACCUGUUCUGCAAAGGAGCAGAUUCAGCUAUUUUCCCAAGAGUCCCGCAAGAUGAAGCACAGAGGACAAAAGUGCACGUAGAGAACAACGCGUUGGAUGGAUAUCGGACUCUUUGCGUAGCCUACAAAGAAAUACCUGAGAGCGACUAUGAAGGGAUCGAUAGCCAGAUCAAGGAAGCGACGAUGGCACUGCAGGACCGGGAAGCGAAGAUGGCCAUGGUUUUUGACGAGGUGGAGAAGGACAUGCAUUUGAUUGGAUCCACGGCCGUGGAGGACAAACUGCAGGAGCUCGCAGCAGAAACCAUUGAGGCCUUGCACACCGCAGGCAUGAAGAUCUGGGUACUGACGGGCGACAAGCUGGAGACCGCCCAGGCCACGUGCUACGCCUGCAAGCUCUUCCAGACCAGCACUGAGUUGCUGCAGCUGACCACCAAAGUCGUGGGAGAGGAAGACAGGAAAGGGCAGCGGCUGCACGAGCUGCUGGUGGAGUAUCACAAAAAACUCGUGAGCGACAUGCCCCAAGGCAAGAGAAGCUGGACGUUCAGUCAUGAGUAUGGACUGGUUAUCGACGGGGCCACCCUGUCUCUGAUCCUGAACGCUUCCCAGGAUUCAGUUUCCAGCCACUACAAGAGCAUCUUCCUGCAGAUCUGCCUGAAGUGUACCGCCGUCCUGUGUUGCCGAAUGGCCCCGUUGCAAAAAGCCCAGAUUGUGCGAAUGGUUAAGAACUCGAAGGGCAACCCAAUAACGCUCGCGGUGGGAGACGGCGCCAAUGACGUUAGCAUGAUUUUGGAAGCUCAUGUGGGCAUAGGUAUCAAAGGCAAAGAGGGGCGCCAAGCCUCCCGGAACAGCGACUACUCCAUCCCCAAGUUCAAAGAUUUGAAAAAACUGCUGCUGGCGCAUGGGCAUCUGUACUACGUCAGAAUAGCGCACCUUGUUCAGUACUUCUUCUACAAGAACCUUUGCUUCAUUUUCCCGCAAUUUUUGUACCAGUUCUUCUGUGGCUUUUCGCAACAGCCUCUCUAUGACGCCGCCUACCUUACCAUGUUCAACAUCUGUUUCACAUCUCUGCCAAUCGUGGCCUACAGUCUGCUGGAGCAACAUGUCCCUAUUGACACCCUGAUGACCUUCCCGAAAUUGUAUCUGAACGUUUCUGACAACGCCAUGUUGCAGCUGAAGCCUUUCUUAUAUUGGACCUUCCUGGGCCUGUUCAACGGCUGUGUGUUCUUCUUCGGCGCUUAUUUUCUUUUCCAGGAAGCCUCUGUAGAGGACAAUGGGAAGAUGGCGGGAAACUGGACGUUUGGAACGAUGGUUUUUACUGUCUUGGUGUUCACCGUCACCCUCAAGCUGGCAUUAGACACACGAUUCUGGACGUGGGUAAACCACUUUGUCAUUUGGGGUUCCUUGGUCUUCUAUGUGUUUUUCUCGUUCUUCUGGGGAGGAAUCAUUUGGCCUUUCUUGAAGCACCAAAGAAUGUUCCACGUCUUUGCUCAGCUGCUAACUUCUGCAUCUAUCUGGCUGGCCAUAUUUUGCCUGAUCUUCCUCGCUCUAUUCCCUGAGAUCCUUGCCCUCAUUUUUAGAAACAUGAAAAGAAAAACCCACCAGUUCAAAUCCAGACUCCACCUUCUCAGGGAUGCAUCUGGACCCCUCGUUUGGGGCGAGUGCUUCAAUUGGAGGAGACGUGCGUGAUUUUAACAACAAAUAACACCCUCGAGUUGAGCAGGUGGUCAAACUCCGCAUGUCCCAACCAGAUGAUCUCGGGGUUCUGGUUAGCGCUGAAUUACUGCAAGGAGUCCAUUGCGCUGGAACGAACCCCACUGCAGAACUGUCAAGAGCAGCAAGAAAGGAGAGAUGAUGAGACGCCUUGCUUAGUCCAGUCGAAGAGCAAUUUAUUAUUUACUUUUAAAAAAAACAACCAUGGGUUUGUUUUGCUUUGUUUUUGUUCAGUUAAGACUCCGGUUUCCUCUCCCUUUCUUUCCCCACUGUUGCAUUUCUUUUCCCUCCACGAUCCAGUCCUUCACAGCUGCGGUCCUCAGAAAUGUUUUGGAGGUUGAGCCAAAAUGUAACAACAACGCUGCGAAUCAGUUCCCCACUCUGUGUGCACAAGUGAGCUCCCUGCUAGAGUCAAUUCCCCAACACCCACACGGCUAACCAGGUUCCUUCACAGCUUAGCUGGAACAUCAUUUUGCACCCUGUUUUGUCAGAACUGGUUUCUCACAAAUGAGGUCCUGGCAAGGAUGUCCUGCAGCAAAUGUGCCGCCCUACGUCUCCCAGCCAUGGAUCAAAAUAUGAUAUUGGGGCCUUCAACUUCAUUCAUUCCUUACUUCCCUGCUCCAUUGGGUUCUCUCUUCCUUUCUAGCCUUAACCGUGUCUUAGCUUGACAUGUGUACUGGUGCUAAUGAUUUUGGUCACCAUAGACCAUGGUUAGUGCCAACGUAAAUGUGACGGUAAACCAUGGUUACAACCAGAAAAGGAAAGGGGGGGGAGAGAAUCCAUGCAAGGGGGUGAGGAAAGCAUGAAAGCCUCAACCAUAGAUAAAAGUCCAGCUGCAUUAUAUCUGCAACAGACUCACAUAUAAUACUUGCAUUUGAAUUGGGACAAGGUUCUAGUCCACAAGCCAUUGCACAAAUGCCUUCCUUAUUUCUCUUUUUAGGUCCCGGGGUUGCUACUGUUAACAGGGACUUAAUAAUUUUAGGAGUAGAAUAUUUCUGUUUGUUCUUGCUUUUUUUUCUUUGCUUUUUUUUUUACACAGGAAGUUGACAAAUGUAAGCGUGUAACAUUGUGUUGGUUUGUACUUUUAUGUGGGUUUACAGUAAAUUCUGUACACAAUUAACAUGUGGAUGAGUUGUCUUUGAUAGUUUAUUCGAGAUGCUAUAGUAUAACAAAUAAAUGAUGGAGAAUUUGGA